UACACUUUAAAUCAGUCAACAAACAACUAACAAGUCUAACAACAUGGCAAGCUAGAGGUGGACUGAUCGUACCAAAUGUAACUUUGAGUCACAUUUUACUGUGAAAUUGAAGUUUUGUGUACUUAUAGGUAAAAAAUACCUAUUUAUGUUGGAGUUCAACAUCGAUAAAAAACUAGUUCCGAGAUAAUGUUCUCUUUGAUUCAUAAAACUGAAAAUGCUCAUGAAGAUAGCAUUUGGACUUGUGCAUGGGGUUGCCCAAAAAAGAAGAAAGAAACGCUAGUAGAGAACGAAGACUCCAGAGAUUCCAUGCAAUCUAAUGAAGACGAUCCCGAGUAUGUAAUCACUGGUUCAGUAGACGAUACAGUUAAAGUUUGGGAACACAAAAAUGGAAGCUUAAAACUUAAGCACAAACUUACUGGUCAUUCCUUGGGUGUUGUGUCUGUUGCUGUGAAUUCUGAUGGGUCCAAAUGUGCUUCCAGUUCCUUGGAUUCAAGCUUGCGAGUAUGGGAUUUGGAAUCAGGAGAAAAAAUAGCUAGCACUGAAGUUGGUCCUGUCGAUAUAUGGACAGUGUGUUUCUCUCCAGAUGAUAAGUAUAUUGUGUCUGGUAGUCAUGCUGGUAAAAUUCAUUUAUACAGUGCCGAAAAUGGAGGCCAAGAGCAAACUUUGGACACAAGAGGAGGAAAAUUCACUCUUAGCGUUGCUUAUAGUCCAGAUGGGAAAUAUAUUGCGAGUGGAGCCAUUGAUGGUAUCAUAAAUAUUUUUGAUGUUGCCUAUGGAAAAGUCUUACAAACUUUAGAAGGUCAUGCUAUGCCAAUACGUUCUUUAUGUUUUUCACCCGAUUCGCAACUACUUCUAACAGCUAGUGAUGAUGGACACAUGAAGUUAUAUGAUAUAAAAGACGCCAAUGUAGCAGGAACAAUGUCUGGCCAUGCUUCUUGGGUACUUGGUGUAACAUUUGCUCCAGAUGGUCAAAAAUUUGCUUCUAGUAGUUCUGAUCAUACAGUUAAAAUUUGGGAAUUAUCUCAAAGACAAUGUUUGCACACAUUUCAUGAGCACACUGACCAGGUAUGGGGAGUUAAGUAUCAUCCUACAAAAAAUAACUUAAUUAUGUCUGUUGCUGAGGAUAAGGCCAUUAAUUUAUACGAGCAUCCAGAAUAACUGUAUAUUUGUACAUAAAUGAUUAAUAAAGUUUGUUUUUUAACAAGUACUUA